AUGUUCUUUGGUAAAGACCUUCUCUCAAAGAAAGAACCUAUUGGAUUGCUAUGGCUAGCCGGUACUAUUGGAAAGCGUUGCAAGCUUACAAAAAAGAAGAUAUUGCUCGUUGAUAUUCCAGCACUGGCUGAUGAAAUCAUAUCUAAGGGAAAGAAAAUUAGUAGCAAUACUUCAAAUCAUGUGGUUGACUCUAGCAGUCAAUCGAUACGGAAAGAGAAUGCUGGAUAUACUCUUCGUCUAUCAAGUACUUUGCUACUUGGUAUUGUGGUCAUUUACAAUAAGAGAACACAAUUCUUGCUAUCGGAAGGUAACAAUAUGAUACAGAGGGCAAGACAAAUACAUGUUGCACUUGGAAGUGGUGAUGAUAACACAGUUCUCGACCCUUCCAAGAAAAACAUUGCUCGCUUUGAAGCAAUUACAAUGAAACCUCUUGAUCAUUCCAUAGAGGUGCUUGAUCCAUUACUUUUAUUGAAUGAUCAAGAGUUUGUCAGCAAUUGGUACAAACUAAUUGGAGCCAAUGACAAUGGAGAGCUUAUUGCUUCCAGCCUAGAUCAAAAUACUUCAACUGAGACUAUUUCUGCACUUGGGUUUGAGGUGGUUAACGUGAACAGCAAUCCUUUUAUUUCAAACAUUGUUACUCAUCAAGAAACCCCUACAAAUGUGACUGGUAUGGCACUUAAUGAUGAUAUCUUUAUCACAGGUGUUGACAUUUUUGGCGAUUCUGACCUGAUUAACAUUACCGAAAAUACUGCCAGUCCAAGAUGCUUAACCAUUCAGACAUUGGUGGAUUUGACGAUGGAAUAG